UUGAUUUGAACAUCAGAUUGAGACACCCUUUUCUUCCUCCUAUAAUUCGUCAUGUUGUCGUUGCCUUCGUCUUUCUCGUCUAUUUUCAGACACAAAUAUGAUGUUUUCUUGAGUUUUAGAGGUGAAGAUACCCGUAGAAAUUUUACAGAUCAUCUCUAUGAUGCUCUUCAACGCAGUGGAAUCGUCACUUUCAGGGAUGACCCGAAGCUGGAGGCCGGCGAAGAGAUUGCCCCAGAACUCUUUAAAGCCAUUCAACAAUCAUGGUGCUCGGUUAUCGUUUUCUCCGAAACCUACGCCUUUUCAAGUUGGUGUUUGGAGGAGCUUGCUGAGAUUGUUAAAGAAAAAUUGGAAAAAGGUCAUAAAGUAUUUCCAAUUUUCUAUGAUGUGGAUCCGUGUGAUUUGAGAAGACAAAAGGAUAAAGUUGGAGAAGCAUUUGCCAAACACGAAGAGAGAUACAAGGAAGAUAAAUACAAGAUCCAAAGAUGGCGAAAUGCUUUGACUGUGGUUUCUAACAUCAAAGGAUGGCAUUUGAAUAACAAGCAUGAAUCUGAAAUCAUUGGAGAUAUUGUUGAAAAAAUAUUAGCAAAAUUACGUCAAACGUAUCCUGUUGUUCAUGAUAAGUUGGUUGGAAUUAGUUCCCGUUUAGAGGAGUUGUAUUCAAAAAUCGAUGUUGGAGAAGAUGAUGUCCGUAUUAUAGGAAUAUGUGGAAUGGGUGGCAUCGGUAAAACCACUCUUGCAAGAGUUGUUUACGACCAAAUGUCAUCUCAUUUUAAUGGCAAAAGCUUUCUUGCUGAUGUUCGAGAAGUUUCAAACAAAUUGGGACUUGUUUCUUUACAGAAACAACUUCUUUCUCAAACCUUGUCCCAAGGAGGAUUCAAUAUAUUCGAUGUUGAUGAAGGAAAUGCAAUCAUCAGUCAUAGAAAACACUUGGAACACUUGGUUGGAAGGCGUGAUUGGUUCGGUUUAGGGAGUAGAAUCAUUGUAACAACAAGAGAUGAACAUCUGCUUCGAUCCUAUCAAGCCGAUUAUGUGUAUAAGCCUACAACGUUGAGUCCCAAUGAUGCACUUCGGCUUUUUAAAUUGAAAGCUUUCGAUAGUGAGACAGUAUUAGAAGGUGUUUUCAUUGAGCUUUCUAAACAUGUUGUACGCUACGCUGGUGGUCUUCCCUUAGCUCUUGAAGUUUUGGGUUCUUUUUUGUGUGGUAGAGAUGCAACUCAAUGGAGAAGUUCAAUUGAAAGACUUAAACGAGAUUCCAACAAAGAAAUUCUAGAUAGGCUUCAAAUCAGUUUUGAUGGAUUAGAAGAAAGGGAAAAGAAUAUAUUUCUUGAUAUCGCAUGCUUCUUCAAUGGGGAGGAGAAAGAUUUUGUAACCAAAGUGUUGGAUGAAAUCCCUAGUGGCAGUUGA